AUGGGAACAAUGAACUUUCCUGCGAUACAAAGUCAACUUCUCCUAUCAAUAGUUAUCGUCAACUUGGUGAUCAAUACUGGGGGAAAACAUUACCAACUUGGACGAGCUAGCAAGGAUCAGAAGUUGGUAUUCUUACGUGUUGUCCUGUCAGGCAGAGUGAGGAUCCUACAUAUGUAUUGGAAAUCGACUUUGAUUGCCAUGUUUAUUGCUCUUCCAUUGAUGGUGGUUGAAGGAACAGUGAUCCAUUAUUUUGAUCAAUCAGCAUACUUAUCGACUGCUUGGACUAAAAUGCGAUCUUUAAAGGCACCUUGGCGUAUCUUUAUAAACAGUUUGAAAAUUGGCAGGUCAUAUUUUAGAUCCUUUUAUGACUUUAUCUACGGUGUGAAAGAAAGCAUAUUUAAUCUACAAAAGAUAUCUUAUUCCGUGAAAUAUGAUUUACAUUCUGUUACUAUUGUUCCGGUCUUGUUUGCUUUUAUGGUGCUAUGUCAUAUCGUAUCUAUAGACAAAAACCUGAUUCAAUGGUGUCAAAUGUUUGAAUUGAUUGAUCAAGUACCACAAUCCUUUCCUAUUCAUGCAAAUGUAGUAACAGGCUCUCGUAAGAACAGAUCGCUGUUAUUAGGGUUUCAGUGGAACAAGUAUAUCGACUUGCCAAUGGUCAUCAUCGCAUUACCUAGUAGUUAUGAAACGGUACUAGAAAAAAAGAAAGAGACAAAUGAUGAUAUCAAAAGUAUUUACUAG